AUGCACCCCGCUGGGCCCCCCAGUAAAGUUUCCGUGUACGUUAAGGUGUUUACAAAUAGCCCUUUUCUAGCAUGUAUGGAUUUAGCUCGUCCUCAAGAAGAUCUAAUAGACCCCAAGUAUUUUUUAGUUGCUCCAUAUGGAAAAAAAUUAGAAGGGCAAAGAUACGUGAAUCUUACAGAAACGGGAAGCCUGAUGGCGAUGGAGUUUAAGGAGUCGAUGUCUGGAGCCUACACUUGCGCUCUGUCUCACAAAAUCCUAGAAACUACAACAGGAGAAGAAAUAUUCGAGACAUAAAAGCUCAUCGUGUAUGCAUAGAGGGAAGCUGACCACGCAUACCAGGUAUUUGUUCGCUUUAUUACGAAGGGAUGCAAACUCCAAGCCAACCACCGCUUCUUCGAGGAGCUGAAGAUCAUCUCCGAUCUGAAGUGCCAGAUCAUAGAGCCCUCCUACGAGUGCCACUCGGUCAAGAUGCACAAACACAGCCUCCCGCAUGAACUAUUUGUCACUUCUCAAGACUGCGCUGGUUGCUGUGUGGUUUGUGAUCCUGGAACUUCCAGUCCCAAUAAUGAAGUGACCUGCCAGAUGUGUAAGAGGCCACGAGUCGAACAGUACGGAGCAAGAUCCUGCUAAUAAACUAACGACAGAAAUUGGGAAAGCAAAGAGCAGCUGUGAAGGUGGUGUUGGUUUUGUGAUGUCCUUUUCACUUGUAGGUUCUCAUUCUGCAAGCCUACCUUCAUUUUUUAACCAUCACAAGACAUCAUCAUUUAGGCACCCCUACCUCUUCUGUGCUCUGAGACCCUUUAGACUGUAAAAAUUAUGUCUAAAAUAGAAUCCUAGAAAAGAAUCAUGGGAUGGUUUGGGUUGAAAGGGACCUCAAAGUCCAUCCAGUCCCACCUCCCAUUGGAUCUGGUUGCUCCAAGCCCCAUCCAACCUGGCCUUGAACCCCUCCAGGGAUGGGGCACCACCACUGCUCUGGGCAACCUGGGUUUCCUCACAGGAAAACAUUUCUUCCCAAGAUCUCAUCUCAACGUCCUCUCUUUCAGCAGCAAUUUCUAGCAGACAUUAAUAGAAAUAUUUAAUCUUUGUGAUUUUAAAGCCCUUCCUUUUGUUUUUCUCCCUUUCUUUCUCUCUACCUGAAGCGUUCCAGCCUGCCCUGUGCCAGUCACACACGUUAACAGAGCUUGACCUGCUCAGGGCUUUUCAUUGUUGCUCUGCUGACCAGCAAACACCAGGAGAGUGGGAAGUGAAAUCAGGUCUAAGAGAGAGGGUUAAAAACAAGUUCUGCAGCCCAGCAGCCAGGAGAAUUAAGGACUCAGCUUUUAUGGUUCUCUUGUCUGCUGCUCCCAAGGAAGAAGCAGAUAUUUCCCAGGAAGAGGGCAAGUGGGGAGGCUGCAGAGCCUCCUCUGCCUACUUGCUUCUACAUCUUUCCCUUCAGCUGUAUCAAAUCCUCGUGGCAGAGCCCUGCCAGCCCCAGGUGCUGCGCUGUCUGAGCAGAUGAUCCUUUUACACCAGCUGUAAAUUCCCAGCAAGUUCACCGGAUGACUAACAAGUCAAGUCCCAAAUUGCUAAAGCACUGAGAUAAUGGGAAAGGAUUCUUUCCAGCAAAGACUUAUUCCACUUGGCUUUUGAAGGGUGGCUGCUGGAGCUGCAGAAAUUGAUCAUUUUGCUCAGAAAAAAAUCAGCAUUAAUAAAGAUUUUAUUUCCCGAUUUCAAGAGUUGCAUGAGAGUAACCCUGAUUUCUCCAUGGUGCAGCUCCCACCAGAGCAGUCGGACUGCCGCAGGCUCCCGAGAGCACAACAGCAGAGCUACCAGAACACAGGCUUUUAGAACUUGGCUUUAAGCUCUGUGAGCUGCUAUCUUCCAGACUUUGAGGGACACUAGAGAGCUCUUCCCCUCGCUUCC